AUGUCUCUGCACCUUUCGAAGCAACAAAAGGUCUGGGCCACUAUCGAUGAGCUCGUCUCGGCCAAGAAAAGGGUUGAGCUUGACGGGACGUCGCUGUCGAUUGCUGCAUUGAUCGCCAUAUCUAGAUAUGGGCUACCCUUCACGGUUUCUAAAUCGCAUGAGCUUGCCCGGCGGAUGAGCAAAAGCAUCGAUGUUCUUAACGAAAACCUCGACAAACACGAUAUCAUUUAUGGUGUGAACACGGCUCCCGGCGGAAAUGCAGACUCCCGAACAAGAACCAGCAGUAGGCUUCAACAUUCAUUUUUCCAGCAUCACCAGGCAGGUAUUCUCCCAGAGACUGUAUCAAGUUCGGCAGGGCAAACUAUCAAUCCGCAAAGCCUUUCUGAAACUAUGGUACGAGCACUGACGGUUGUGCGAUGCAACUCCCUUGUGAGAGGCCACUCUGCUAUUAGGCAGGACGUAGUAGAGUCACUGGCCAUGAUGACCUCUCAGGGCAUCACGCCACUGAUUCCAACCCGCGGGAGGCUUCUGGAGGGGAACGAAGGUAUUUAUGCUCGUGUACCCGGUCCUCAUGGCCACUCGAAUAUAGUUCCCGCCCGUCAGGCACUAGAAGCCCUGGCUCUACCGCCCGUGGCUCUGAAGCCGAAAGAAGGUCUUGCCAUCAUGAAUGGCACCGCUGUCAGCACUGGAUACGCCGCUCUAGUGAUUCACGAUUGCCAUGACCUGGCCAUCAUUUGUCAGCUGCUUACUUCGAUGGCCGUCGAGGCUCUGUCUGGCAUGCGGAGCAAUUUCCAUCAGUUCAUUUCCGAAGUACGGCCCCAUGCUGGUCAAAAUGAGGUCGCAAGCAAUAUUAGAGAUUUCUUGAGUGGAUCAAAGCUUUGCAGUGCCGACGAUAUCGACUCUCAAGGUUUGGCACAGGAUCGCUAUGCGCUUCGAACUGCACCCCAAUGGAUUGGUCCACAGCUGGAAGAUUUAUGUUCAGCUGAGGCCCAGAUUUCAGUCGAACUAAAUUCCACAACGGACAAUCCACUCAUUGAUGUCUCAAACAAUUGUGUUCAUCAUGGUGGCAAUUUCCAGGCCGCUUCAAUAACCUCUGCGAUGGAAAAGUCACGCACUGCCAUUACUAUGCUUGGAAGAAUUUUAUUCGCCCAGUCUGGAGAGCUCGUCAACCCAGACUUGAACAAGGGUUUGCCUCCAAACCUUUCCGCAGAUGACCCUACAGUCUCAUUCACCUGCAAAGGUAUCGAAAUCAACAUGACUGCAUACUAUUCAGAACUGUGCUUCUUGGCAAACUCCGUCGCAAGCCAUGUUCAGACAGCAGACCGAAACAAUCAGUCGGUGAACUCGCUUGCUCUGGUAUCGUCAAGAAUGACCGAGAAAGCGACCGAGCUACUAGCCAUGAUGUCCGCCACUCAUCUGUUCACACUAUGUCAAGCCCUGGAUUUGCGUGCGCGUGACGAAGACUUUCUCCAAGAAGCUCACAAGUUGAUGCGAAAGAAUUUUGCAGAUCUCUUCACUGGGACUCUCAAUAGUGACGAGAUAUCAACCGCUGUCCCCUCUCUGUGGACAACCUUCCGUUCAUCAUGGCAGAAGAACAAUACACUCGAACCAAACAAAAGAUGCCAGCAAGUCUCUUCCGAUAUCGUAUCAUAUCUGAUGGACAAGUUCGACUUCUCGACUGGAAAUCUUGCACAUAUUCUCCAACGGCUUCAGGGUUGGCAGAAUGUUCUACGCAAUGAUCUAGUAACCGAAUACACCUCAGUACGAGAUGCCUUCUUCAACAAGCAAUCGACUCAUUUGUAUCUAUCAAAGUCCACUGUCAGACUGUACAAUUUUGUAAGGAACCAGUUACAGGUUCCUUUUCACAGGGGACUACCUGAUCACCCUCCUCUGAAAGACCAGAGCGAACACAAGCAGGCUGCUGAAACGAUUGGGACGUGUAUUUCUCGGAUCUUUGUAGCUAUUCAGGACAAAACUAUAAUUCAGGCGAUCAAAGAAUAG